AUGUGUCAAUUUCUGUCAGCCAGUGGUGCUGUUGUUGGCGAUGAGCUUCCUGGUUAUACGAUCAUAGAAGGCAAUAACAUUAUCGGUCACCACGCUGUGCUUGGAGGCCACAAAUCCAGCAGAGUGCAUGAUGUAAUUUUCAAUUAUUACAUAACCUUGGAGGCCACGAAUCCGGCAGACGGUUCUUGUUUAACUUUCCAGGCGCGUUUGUUCAGAGAUAACACUGUAAAAGGAGCUUACCACAAAAUAAUGACCGAAGGUUGUAGGAUCAAACCUGAAAUUCCAGGUACAAGAGAAAUAAUACAUCUAUGUGAUUUCAAUGGAGAAGUUUACAAAGACAGUCUACCUGAUUGGUAUUCAGAUGAUGCAUUGCAGCCCAAUGACCAGUUUUAUCAAGUGCAAGAUUCAGAUAUUCUUGAAAACGAUUGGCAUAAUCUGUAUGCUGAACUUGCCAUGUACGCACUGAAGGAAGACGACAUGUCCUUGUUCGAGACCUGGCUGCCUCUGGAGAUCAAGAAGGUCGUUGUGCAGACUUUUGAAGAUGUGAAAUCAAACGAAAAGCUCAAGGCCGGGAAUGCAAUCUUCUACACCAGUUUCAAGAACUUGAAUGCUCCUCCCCAUGGUCUGUGCCAGGAUCACCGAGUCAUCAUAAGAAGAAGCACUGAUGGGCUUCCAGGACACGUUUAUCUUGACUUCAAGUCGUGCUCCGGUCAUAAUAUUUUCAAGGCAAGUUCGGUCUGAGACAUAUAUGUUUCCUAAGUUAAUAAGACGACUCUACUCAGUAUCUAUAAGCUAUGUUGUCAUGACUGAAUAAUCAUCUCCUCUGUUUGUUUUUCAGUGUAAUCCAGUACUUAAUAACUUGUCCGUUAUGUCUUUUAAGUUUGUUAUU